UGAGGUCAGUUGGAAUUUCCUUUUUCUUUUUUCUUUAUUGAGCAUAAUGGAUUCAAUUUUUGGUCUAUAAGAAGGGUUGGUUUCAUAGUUCUAGGUACCCGCUUUUGUUCGAAACUAAGACACAUGUGCUAGUAAGAAGAAGCUGAAAGUUCCCCAAACUAGAGAGAGAGAGAGAGAGAGAGAGAGAGAGAGAGUUGUGGUGCUGCAAUUGAGCUCUAAAGACAUGGCUAUAGAAGAUCAGAGGGUCGAUGAGUACACACAGGAUGGGACUGUGGAUCUCAAAGGGAACCCUGUCCUUAGAUCCAAGAGAGGUGGUUGGAAGGCAUGCUCCUUCAUUGUUGUGUAUGAGAUGUUUGAACGCAUGGCCUACUGCGCCAUAUCGUCAAACUUGUUCCUGUACUUGACAACAAGGCUACACCAGGGAACGGUCACAGCGGCUAACAAUGUCACCAAUUGGGUUGGCACCAUUUGGAUGACUCCUAUCUUGGGUGCCUACAUGGCUGAUGCCCAUCUCGGUCGCUACUGGAUGUUUCUGAUCGCAUGCGCGAUUUAUCUUACGGGGAUGUCUCUGCUAACCCUAUCAGUUUCUGUGCCCGGACUAAGACCACCCUCCUGCGACACUACGGGGGACUGCAAAAUCUCAACCUUACAGUAUGGCAUGUUUUUUGGUGCACUCUACACUUUAGCCGUCGGGACCGGUGGGACAAAGCCCAACAUCUCAACGAUUGGGGCGGACCAGUUUGACGACUUUGAUCUCAAGGAGAAGUCCCAAAAGCUCUCCUUCUUCAACUGGUGGAUGUUCACUAUCUUCGUCGGGCUGCUCUUUGGAAACACGGUUAUUGUCUACAUACAAGAGAAUGUGGGCUGGUCUCUGGGCUAUGGGAUUCCAACUGUGGGCCUCGCGAUAUCCAUUACGGUCUUCCUGGCCGGUACACCAUUUUAUAGGCACAGGAAGCCCGCAGGGAGUCCAUUCACAAGGAUGGCCAAGGUCAUAGUUGCUGCUGCGAGGAAAUGGAGCGUAACUAUCCCAAGUGACUCUAAGGAACUCUAUGAAAUUGACUUGGGACAUUACACUAACGGGAAGACCAGAAUCGAUUCAACACCCACCCUGAGGUUCCUCAACAAAGCAUGUGUGAAAACAGAUUCAAACGACCCAUGGAUGCUUUGCCCUGUAACCCAAGUUGAGGAAACCAAACUGAUGCUACGAAUGAUACCGGUCCUAAUUGUCACAUUCAUUCCAAGCACAAUGACUGCCCAAGUCCCUACCCUCUUCGUGAAGCAAGGCACUACUUUGGAUAGAUCUUUCGGUCUCAUCAAGAUUCCCUCUGCUAGCUUGGGUGCUUUUGUGACCAUAUCCAUGCUUCUCUCCAUUGUUUUCUACGAUCGUGUUUUUGUCAAGAUAAUGAGAAAGUGGACGAAGAAUCCUAGAGGUGUCACUCUCCUCCAAAGGAUGGGAAUCGGCAUAGUCCUUCAUAUGGUUAUCAUGGUUGUAGCUUCCCUCACAGAGAGGUACAGGCUUAAAGUGGCCAAGGAGCAUGGAUUGGACAAAGUCCCGGGAGAAGUUCCCCUAUCAAUAUUCGUUUUACUCCCUCAAAACAUGCUUAUGGGAUUGGCAGACGCGUUUCUGGAAGUAGCCAAAAUCGAGUUUUUCUACGACCAAGCGCCUGAUAGCAUGAAGAGCCUCGGGACUUCUUAUUCCACGACUAGCCAAGGGGUUGGCAACUAUAUAAGCAGCUUCUUGCUCUCGACAGUCACUCGCAUUACUCAGGAACACGGCCGCAAGGGGUGGAUCCUGAAUAACCUAAAUGCCUCUCGCCUCGACUAUUACUACGGAUUUCUUGCAAUAUUGGUCUUCCUGAAUUUUAUCUUCUUCUUGGUUAUGACUAAGUUCUAUGUUUACAAGGCCGAAGUUUCCGAUUCGAUGGAAGUGCUUAAAGAGCAAAUUGAGGGGAAAUAAGGUACCUAGCGGCUAGCAGGCAAGAUGGCAAGAAGUGAAUGCUAGUAUCAGAAUUCAGAGCUAUAAUUUCAAGAGUGUAUCAGGUUUUAGCUACUGGGCUGAUGAAUUUUCAGAGCAAGUGCUUUUACCUUGAUUACCCUCGGAAUAGAAAGUUUUUCUUCAUAUUUCU